AUGGGACCAAAAAUUGACCUCGCUAAAUUGAGGAUGGUCUUCUCGUUUUUGUGCAAAGUGGGGUCGAUAAUCGUCGGCACGCUCUUUCCCUGCUUCAAUACCUACAAAGCGGCGAAACGGCGAGAUGGGCCAGUGCAGAAAUUCUACACCAAAUACUGGACAAUCUUUGCGUGUGUAUCUUCAAUUGAAGCGAUUGCUGACCUCUUCUACAUUACGUCUCUCGUCCCUGGAUACGAAUUAGCUUUCUUGCUUUGGACAUCUACAGGCGGCGCUCAUUUUGUCUACGAUAAGGUGGUCUACCCUUUCUUGAAAAAACACGAGAAACAAAUAGAUGAAGCUAUGAGCAGCACUGGACGACUGGCAUUCAGGGCGGCGGGUAGUCUCUUCACAACCAUGACGACAGCACUUACGUCGAUGGCGGCCAAAGGCUCAACUUCUUCCGUUUCCACGUCAAUCAUCGGGAAUCCCGUCGCUCAAUUGGUUUCACAAGUGCCAACUCACAUGCAUCGGCAAGUAAUUCGAUCGCUGAGCGUUGAAGGAACUUUUGAACAGCCUCAAGCCGUCUAUUCGGCUCGGGUUGUCGAAGUAGAAGAAUUGGAUGACGAGGAUUGGGAGGAAUAUAUUCCAAAAGAAAAGCACGAAGAAACACGAAGAAGUUUUGUCAGCAGGAGGCCUCAGAAAGCGCCGGAAACGAAGACAACUCCACUUCGUCGAUCAAAGCGGCAUCAGGAAAAGCAUAGGGCAAGCAUUGCCAGCAAAGGCUCUGGCGAUGAAGACGAGGCAAAUUCAUCGGAUCAGGUCUUCAACCUGGGAAGUGAUGAAUUAGCAACAGACGAUGAAGGAGCUUCACGAGGAAAGAUCAAAUCAAAGAGAGGAGGACUGGGAAGGCGUGGAAGGGGCAGAAAUGCAACGAUGACCUAUCGGGGGAACGAUUCAACU